UCAUCAAAUGGGUCGUCGAAAUUUUACUCUUUUGUUUGCUCUGUGGCAGCUCUUUCUAGUGGCGGCGCCGCCGCCGUGGAGCCGGAACAUGUUCGCCGCCGCAGCCGGCGGUGGCAGGUGGGAGCUACUGCUGCCCAAUAUCGGCAUUGCCGCCAUGCACAUGCAGCUUCUUAACAACGACAAGGUUGUCAUAUUCGACCGGACCGAUUUCGGACUGUCCAACAUCCCCCUCGGCGGCGGAAGAUGCCGGCAGGAUCCAUACGAGGUUGUCGUCAAAGUUGACUGCACCGCUCACUCCGUCGAGUACGACGUGGCGGAAAACACCGUGCGUCCUCUCAUGGUCCAAACCGACGUGUGGUGCUCCUCCGCCGCCGUGAUGCCCGACGGGACUUUAAUCCAGACCGGCGGGUGGAACGACGGCGACCACGUCGUGAGAGUUUUCAAUCCAUGCAACGAUAAGAAAUGCGAUUGGGUGGAAAUCCCCAACGCGUUGCACCGGUGGCGGUGGUACGCCACCAACCAUAUCUUGCCGGACGGCCGCCAGAUCAUCAUCGGCGGCCGCGAGGAGUUCAACUACGAGUUUUACCCCAAAACCCCCGGCGGCGAUCUUCUCUAUAAUCUCCCGUUCUUGGCCGAAACUAACGAUCCCGGAGCGGAGAAUAAUCUUUACCCCUAUGUUUUCCUCAAUGUGGAUGGCCAUUUGUUUAUUUUCGCUAAUAAUAAAGCGAUAUUGUACGAUUAUAUUAAGCACGCCGUCGUGAGAUUGUACCCCGCCAUGCCCGACGGCCAGCCGAGGUCUUAUCCGAGUACGGGAUCGGCCGUUCUGCUGCCAUUGAAGAACUUGCAAGCUCCGGGGAUAGUAGCGGAGGUGUUGAUCUGCGGCGGCGCGCCAAAAGGGGCGUUUCCGGCGUCGGAGAGAGGCGUUUUCAUGGGCGCUUUGAAUACCUGCGGCAGGAUCCGAAUAACCGACCCGAACCCGGUUUGGUUCAUGGAAACCAUGCCGAUGGCUAGACUCAUGGGCGAUAUGGUCACUUUACCCAACGGGAAUAUUCUCAUCAUAAACGGCGCGGCUCAGGGAUCGGCCGGGUACGGGGACGGUCGGAACCCGGUUCAGACCCCGGUUCUUUACCACACCGAUAACCCGGUUGGAACCCGUUUCGAAAUACUAAACCCGAGCGGAAUCCCAAGAAUGUACCACUCAACCGCCAUUCUCCUCCGCGAUUCCCGGGUUCUGGUCGGCGGCAGCAACCCACACCCAAACUACGUCUUCGGAAACGGCGCUCUUUUUCCGACGGAGUUAAGACUGGAAGCCUUCUCGCCGCCGUAUCUGGACGCGGCAACGGCGGGCAUACGCCCGCAUAUUACGCUUCCGGGUUCGCACUCCAAAUUCGGGUACGGAAAAGUAAUAGAGAUCCAAUUCACCGCCGCCGGACCCGUGGACGGAAACUUGGUCACGGUAACAAUGGUGGCGCCGUCGUUCACUACACAUUCAUUUUCUCAACACCAAAGGCUGUUGGAUCUCGGCGGCGGAGGGACGGUGAAACCCGUCGGAAUAAACACAUACCAUAUGACGGCGGUGACACCGGGUUCCGGCAAUCUUUCUCCGGCGGGAUACUAUAUGCUUUUCGUGGUUCAUAAAGGCAUACCAAGUGAAGGUAUUUGGAUUCAAAUGGUUUAAUAAUAAUAAUAAUUUUUAUAAAUAUUAUGGUAAAAGUCCAAGCAAAAUAAUUCUUAAAGAUAAAUUGUGAAUAGUUUUUAAUUUCCUUCUCUUGAAAUUAAAUUGUGUUCCAAUAAUCAUGAUUAUAUACAUAUUUCAUAUAUAUACGUAGAAGAAGCAAGAUGUAUAAUAUAUUACUCUAAUAAUAAAAAGCUUAUUAGUUAAUUGUC